CCUGCUGGGCGGCCGCCGGCCGGGCCCGGGGCAGGGCCGAGCGCGGUUCUCGGCGGGUCGCAGGACACGUGUGAGCACCCGGGGCCCGGUUGGGGGAGGAGGGGCCUGGGAAGCGCGAGGCCGCCUGUAGGCCCGCGGCGCAGGGGGCAGCUGAGAUCUCUGAGCCUGGCCGUCUUCCGGGGAAUCUGACCUCCCUAUCCUGUCACCUUACAGGAUUAAUAAUCUGGGGACCGUCCAUCUUAUAGACUGUUGAGUGCACGUGAGAUUAGAGCCGCCAGGUGUCCGCGACCAUGGCCAUGAACCUUCUGGAGGACUGGUGCCGGGGGAUGGAAGUGGACAUCCACAGGUCCCUGUUGGUCACGGGCAUCCCAGAGGACUGUGGUCAAGCAGAAAUUGACGAGACUUUGAAUGGGGUCCUCUCCCCGCUGGGCCCAUACUUCGUGCUCAAUAAGAUUUUUCUGAGGGAAGAGAAUGCCAAAGCUGCCCUCAUUGAGGUCGGAGAGGGUGUGAAUCUCAGGGCCAUACCCCGGGAAUUCCCAGGAAGGGGGGGCGUCUGGAGAGUGGUUUGUAGAGACCCCACCCAGGAUGCUGAGUUUCUGAAAAAUCUGAAUGAAUUCCUGGAUGCCGAGGGGCGUACCUGGGAGGAUGUGGUCCGCCUGCUCCAGUUUAGCCACCCCCCGCGGCCCCAGAAUCAGCCCCCAGAGAACUGGGCAGAAGCUUUGGGGGUGCUCCUGGGGGCAGUGGUGCAAAUCAUCUUCUACAUGGAUGCCGAGAUCCGCGGCCGCGAGGAAGCUGGGGCUCAAGAAGUGGCUGAUGCCCAGGCAGUAGCAAUCUCAGCUUUAGCAGCGUGGAGGAAGGUCAAGAAGGAGCCAGGGCGGGCUGCAGAACUAGGUUCUGCUUUGAAGAUGGAGAAUCCCGACACCUGGAAUGACCUGGAAGACAAAGGUGACCCUCCCAAACCUCUGGUUCGCCGGGUUGGAGCUAAAAGUCGCUCCAGGAGAAAGAAGCAGAAAAAAAACACUAAGCAGGAAUCAGUGCUCUGGAAGAAGCCCAAAGGCCACCAUUCCAACAGCUCAGCCUCCUUGGAGGAUCCUGAGGCUGAUGGUGCUGAAAAUACGGAGGUGUCAGAAUCCGUCAGGAGCAACAGAAAGCCCUGUGUGAAGCAGGAGGAGUCGGCUUUGAAAAAGCCUGUGGCGAAAUCUGCCUGGAAGGCUCCCAGCAGCCCAUCCCAUGAUGCCCGGUCAGAAGCUGUGAGCCCUGGGGUCGCUUCACAGUCAGACCAAGAUGGCGGUCAGGAGGGCCCCCCAAAGAAGAAGGCCAUGGGCUGGGCCUUGGCAAAGAGCCCUGCCCCUGUGAGAAAGAAGAAGAAGGUGAGCUUGGGCCCUGUUUCGUAUGUCCUUGUCGAUUCAGAAGAUGCCAAGAAGAAGCCGGUGAUGGGGAAGAAAGGGCCGGGCUCAAGAAGAGAUGGCUCAGCUCAGAAGGCCCUUCGAGGCCCCCAGCCCGUGGGGUUGCCAGCCUCGACGUCUCGGGGCCCAAAGGCCAAGCCGAAAGGCUCUCCUCAUGCCUCCAGUGGUCAGAAUGACAACAGAAGUCAUUUGGGUUGUGCUGGCAAGGGCAAGUGGAUGAGUGGGGAACCCGAGCAGGAGCGGCAGGUGGGUGCAGAGGCACUGAGGGGCGUGGCAGGUCAGGUGGUGUGCGAGGAGGACGCCAGUGCCGUGGAGGAGGACCCCAGUGCCGUGGAGGAGGACCCCAGUGCCGUGGAGGAGGCGGAUGACACACCAGUUGAGGUUUUAGAGGGCGGGAGCCCUGACCUCCCUCCUAGGAGCCCCUGAAGGCCAACCUUGGGGACACCUAUGGGCAGGAGGUGGCAAAGCAAACCCCUCACCUCUCCUUUGUUGCUUGAGUGUCGCUGUGGUAGUCUCCAGUCGUUCUGCUACUCCAUCCGACCUAGCUCCCUUGAUAAGAAUCGAAUAGUUGGGAGUGAGAACAUUUGUCAGGGUCGAUGGCUUUGAGGGUGGAGUUUUCUGGAAGCCUGGUUGCGGGACAGAAAUGUUCAAGCACUUAAAAGGUCCAAGGAAGUAAGAAAGAAAUUCCAAAUGACAUCUCCUUCCCUGGUGAGCUCUUCUAAUUUAUCCACAGAACCCAGAAAGCUUUGAUUCGGGGGACCACCCAUACCCUAUGAGUUGAAAGAAGACCAAGGACGAAGUAUCAAAUGGGGAAC